AGUUGCAAGGAGGCGAGACCCUGGGUUCCUCUUCGGCGGACGGACAGGGGACUCCCCCGGUUGGGUGUUGCACUUUCCUUCCCGCUCCCACCCGCGUGCGCCCCGGCGGGGCGCCGAAGCCCCACUUCCAACCUGCUUCGGGGGCCGGGAUCCCGGCUGCUUAGCGGGAAGACGGUCGGCAAGUGGUCUGGCGGCGGCGGCGGCGGCAAAGCCAGGAGCCGGAGAAUUUGAAAAGAGACUCCCUUCACCUCUCUCACGCUGAAAGGCGAGGCACCCGCGUUUCCCAGACGAGAAAGAGCCACAAGAAAGCAUGAAGUAGAAACUUGGGAAGGCUGCCACUGGAGAUGUUGCACAAAAACCUGCAAUCUUUUAGGGGUCUCCUCCCAGUCGGCGGAGGUUUGGGGAGCAGCUGAUACAGCCAGGAGGGCUCUUGCAAGGAUUCAAGGGGCCCCGGAGGAGCGGCAGGAGCGGGAGCGUGGCGAGAGAAUGAAGACACCAACCGCCCGGGAGAAGCAUGGGGUGGCAGCGAGGCGCUCUGUUUAGAGGGCUCCGGCCGGCGGCCCCAUGGGCAACCCUGCUGGCGCUGGGCCUCCCCGGUUGGGUGUUGGCUGUCUCGGCCACGGCCGCGGCGGUCCCCGAGCAGCAUGCGUCCUCCGCUGGCCGGCCGCCCCUGGACUGGCUGCUCACGGACCGGGGCCCCUUCCACCGCGCGCAGGAGUACGCUGACUUCGUGGAGCGGUACCGCCAGGGGUUCACCACCAGGUACAGGAUCUACAGGGAGUUUGCACGUUGGAAAGUGAACAACUUGGCCCUGGAGAGGAAAGACUUCUUCGGUUUGCCAUUGCCCCUGGCCCCAGAGUUCAUCCGGAACAUCCGCCUCCUUGGAAGGAGACCCAACUUGCAACAGGUUACUGAAAACCUGAUCAAAAAGUACGGCACUCACUUCCUGCUUUCUGCCACCCUUGGAGGAGAGGAGUCCCUGACCAUUUUCGUGGACAAGCGGAAACUGAGCCGAAAGACAGAGUCCGCGGGAAGUGUCCCCACAGUCGGGGGCAGUGGGAACAGCUCGGCCGUGUCCCUGGAGACCCUGCACCAGCUGGCGGCCUCCUACUUCAUCGACAGAGAGAGCACACUGCGCCGGCUGCACCACAUCCAGAUAGCCACCGGGGCCAUCAAGGUCACAGAGACCAGGACCGGCCCCCUGGGCUGCAGCAACUACGACAACCUGGACUCGGUCAGCUCGGUCCUGGUGCAGAGUCCGGAGAACAAAGUGCAGCUGCUCGGCCUGCAGGUGCUGCUCCCCGAGCACCUGCGUGAGCGCUUUGUGGCUGCGGCGCUCAGCUACAUCACGUGCAGCUCGGAGGGCCAGCUCAUCUGCAAGGAGAAUGACUGCUGGUGCGAGUGCGGCCCCACCUUCCCGGCGUGCAACUGUCCUGAUGCCGACAUCCAGGCCAUGGAGGACAGCCUGCUGCAGAUCCAGGGCUCCUGGGCCACUCACAACCGGCAGUUUGAGGAGUCCGAGGAAUUCCAGGCCCUGCUGAAAAGGCUGCCGGAUGACAGGUUCCUGAACUCCACAGCCAUCUCCCAGUUCUGGGCCUUGGACACCAGCCUCCAGCACCGCUACCAGCAGCUGGGAGCCGGCUUGAAAACACUCUUCAAGAAGACGCACCGCAUCAUCCGCCGGCUCUUCAACCUCUGCAAACGUUGCCCUCGGCAGCCUCGCUUCCGCCUGCCCAAGGAAAGGCCCUUGUCCUACUGGUGGAACCGAAUCCAGUCCUUCCUCUACUGUGGAGAAAGCACCUUCCCCGGCACCUUCCUGGAGCAGAGCCGCAGCUGCAGCUGCCCCUACGACCAGACCUCCUGCCAGGGCCCCAUCCCAUGUGCCUUGGGCGAAGGGCCGGCCUGUGCCCACUGCGCUCGGGACAACAGCACCCGCUGUGGGAGCUGCAACCCGGGCUACGUGCUGGCCCAGGGGCUGUGCCGGCCAGAGGUGGCCGAGUCCCUGGAGAGCUUCCUGGGGCUGGAGACAGACCUGCAGGACCUGGAGCUGAAGUACCUGCUGCAGAAGUGGGACAGCCGCAUCGAGGUGCACUCCAUCUUCAUCAGCAACGACAUGCGGCUGGGCAGCUGGUUCGACCCCUCCUGGCGGAAGCGCAUGCUGCUCACCCUGAAGAGCAACAAGUACAAGCCGGGGCUGGUGCACGUGAUGCUGGCCCUGUCCCUGCAGAUCUGCCUCACCAAGAACAGCACGCUGGAGCCCGUCAUGGCCAUCUACGUUAACCCCUUUGGGGGCAGCCACUCUGAGAGCUGGUUCAUGCCCGUGAACGAGGGCCGCUUCCCGGACUGGGAAAGGACUAACGUGGACGCGGCUGCCCAGUGCCAGAACUGGACGAUCACCUUGGGGAACAGGUGGAAGACCUUCUUCGAGACAGUCCAUGUUUACCUGCGGAGCCGCAUCAAGUCCCUGGAUGACAGCUCCAACGAGACAAUCUACUACGAGCCCUUGGAGAUGACCGAUCCCUCCAAGAACUUGGGCUACAUGAAAAUCAACACCUUGCAGGUCUUCGGCUACAGCCUGCCCUUUGACCCAGACGCGAUCCGGGACUUAAUCCUGCAGCUGGAUUACCCGUACACCCAAGGCUCCCAGGACUCUGCCCUCCUGCAGCUCACAGAGCUCCGGGACCGGGUCAACCAGCUCUCUCCACCUGGCAAAGUCCGGCUGGACCUUUUCUCCUGCUUGCUCCGGCACCGGCUCAAGCUGGCCAACAAUGAGGUGGGCAGGAUCCAGUCCUCCCUGCGGGCUUUCAACUCCAAGCUGCCGAACCCCGUGGAGUAUGAGACCGGCAAACUCUGUAGCUAAUGGAGGGCCCACAGUGCUGGGCAGGGAGGGGUCCACCCAUCCGGGCCCUCAGCUUGAUGCAGCAAGGUGCCCCCUUGAGACUUUCUGCACCCAGCAGAUGGGACCUCGGGGCUUAGGCUGAAGCAGGCAGGGGAUAAAGAAACAGCCACCGCACACACGCACACACGCACACACUCACCCACGUGUGCACACACAGGCACACGCACACACACACACACUCCCUCUGGGAGGCUACAACUCAGCAGCCUCGCGUGUGUCAAGCCGGUGCUUUCUAAAGUGAAUGCGGUUCAAGGGGAGGAGCAGAGGGAGAGAUUAAGAAAAAGAACCAGCCAAACCAUGAAACACACAAAUCCUUAAAAGUGACUCUUAUCAUUCAAGGAAGCAAGAGGGGACACGAGCGGGAGGGGUGGAGCUCCCUCUCCCCCUCUGUGGAGUCACUUUUGUAUUCUUUUUAACCAGAUUUCUUAAAACAGCGAUGUCUCGUGAUUCCCCACACUGGUUCCCAGUUUUGUACUCUGCCUCCUCCGAGCCCUGGGCACGGAGCCCUCCGGAAGCCACUCCUCUGGGGACAGGAGACGCGACACCAACUGCGAACACUCAGGCCGGGCAGGCGGCCUCGCUCCCCGACUCCUGCCUCCCUCGCCCCCCGGCUUCCUCGGCUACCCCAGUUUCGGGGCCCUGGUUCGUUUCACAUCCCCUUGUGGUCCAGCCAGAGCUCCCCUCCCAACAGCCCCCGAUCUGUCCAGUUAGAGACAAUGUAUAAGGAAAUGUUCUUUUUUAAAAACAAAAACAAAAAUAUUUAUUUUGUGAUUGUUUUCCUUGUCAA